AGGUCACAGCAAAAAUCAUCCAACACAGACGUGCGCACUGCGCGUCCACGAGCAGGUUUAUUCUCUUGGGAAAUAGAUUCAAAGUUCUCCUGCAGACGCAGUUCAAUUACCGCACACAUACUGAAAUCACUUCAGCCAACUCCACUGCUUCAGAUUGCAAGUGCUCCUGUCUGUCCUGUGAAAUCUGGAAAAUGGGAGGCUGAAAAAAAAAGAAAAGACUUUAGGUUUAUAAUUGAUGUUUUCCCAUGAAGCAGCCUCCUCCUCCUCUGCAACACAGGCUCAAACCCUCAGGUGGAAGAAAUCUUUUUUUUGUGUGGGAUAACAUCAGGAGGGUUUGUCUAGAGGAGCCAAUCAAAUCCCUCCCCUUGCUAUAGAUCGGUGCUAUAAUACAAAGCAGUAAAAAGCGGUCGCCUCACACAAGCGAGCUGCAGCUCUGACUAGAGAGAUCCCGUGGCUUUUAAUUCCCUUCACUACUUUUUUUUUUUAAAACCCUUCCUUUUUCGAUGUGCAUUGCCAUUUAUUGUCUGAGGCGUUCAUUUCCGCACCUGCCACAGUAGAGAGAGACCAAGGCGACGGAGAAGAAGAAGAAGUAGAGGAGGAGACAAGGACAUUGAGAGAGAAGACAGACGGUGUAGAGAUAUAGCAGCUCGUUUGAGAUCUUUAAAGGAGAAGAAAGAUGCUGCUUCUCUGGACCAGAAUCGUAUUGGUCGGUCUCAUCUGUUUGUCCUUGGUGUCCUCUGGGAUGGGAUGCGGACCUGGCAGAGGCUACGGCAGGAGAAGACACCCGAAGAAGCUGACACCUCUUGCCUACAAGCAGUUCAUUCCCAACGUGGCAGAAAAAACCUUAGGGGCAAGCGGCAGAUACGAAGGCAAGAUCACCAGAAACUCCGAGCGAUUUAAAGAACUCACUCCCAAUUAUAACACAGACAUCAUAUUCAAGGAUGAGGAGAACACCGGUGCAGACCGGCUAAUGACUCAGAGAUGUAAAGACAAGUUGAACUCUCUGGCCAUCUCGGUGAUGAAUCAGUGGCCCGGGGUGAAGCUGAGGGUCACCGAGGGCUGGGACGAGGACGGACACCACUUCGAGGAGUCUCUCCACUACGAGGGCAGGGCCGUGGACAUCACCACCUCGGACAGAGACAAGAGCAAGUACGGCACUCUGUCCAGGCUGGCGGUGGAAGCCGGAUUCGACUGGGUCUACUAUGAAUCCAAAGCCCACAUCCACUGCUCUGUGAAAGCAGAAAACUCAGUGGCAGCAAAGUCAGGCGGCUGCUUCCCAGGCUCCUCCACUGUCAUCCUCCAGGAUGGCACCAAGAAGGCUGUUAAACACCUCCAACCUGGAGACAGGGUCCUGGCAGCAGAUGACGAAGGAAACCCAGUUUACACCGACUUCAUCAUGUUCAUAGACCAAGACUCGACGACCAGGAGGCUCUUCUAUGUAAUCGAAACCGACUCGGGCCAGAAAAUCACCCUCACAGCCGCGCACCUCCUCUUCAUCGUCCACAACACCACAGAAGAGGAGCGCAUGUCGGCGGCGAUCUUCGCCAGCGAAGUUCGAUCUGGACAGAAGGUGUUCGUGUUCGACGCCGAGCGAAGUCGACUCGAGCCUGUGAUGGUGAAACGGAUUUACACGCAAAUGCACGAAGGCUCGUUUGCACCGGUGACCGUGCAGGGCACCGUGGUGGUGGACCAGGUCCUUGCGUCCUGUUAUGCAGUGAUUGAAGACCACGACCUGGCACACUGGAGCCUGGCACCCAUCAGGCUCACCCACUGGGUGUCAUCGUUGCUUUUCACUUCCCAGCCUGCACAGAGUAACGACGGAGUGCACUGGUACUCUAAGAUGCUUUAUCAAUUAGGAACAUGGCUCUUGGACAGCCACUCGAUGCAUCCACUUGGGAUGUCAGUAUAUUCGAGUUGAAAACCUCUACUACAGGAGCAGAAAUGAGACUUUAUACAUGUAGGACACAUGAACUAUUCAGUAGAUUAAAAAAUAAAAUAAUAAUAAUUAAAAAAACAAACAAACAAACAAGACAAAAGGCCCCCCAGAGGAGUUGGGAUAUUUAUUUCAGUGACUUUUUUCCAUGUGUCCCCCCUUUCUUUCAAAGAAUGAAUGGAGCCUUAAAAAAGUUUCUCUUUGAAUAAUUUAUUCUCAUGUGAACUCGCUGCUGUUGUCACACAAAUGGAUUCUGAAAAAAACGUGUGUGUGUGUAUGAGCAGGCAAAAAUUGUGCAUAAUCUAUUUUUGUAUAUCUCAAAUGCAAAAAAAAAAAAAAA